AGAAGGAGGAAACUGAAGGCUGAGGCAGGACUGACUGAAGGCCAGAAGAUGAGUGUUUGUGUGGAGGAAGAGGAGGACAGAGCAGAGUCUCCAGGAUCCAGCUCUCUGUCUCUGAAGAGUGACCGGUCCAAAGGAAACAAUCCAGACUUCAGUAAUGAACCUGGACCCUCAGACACAAAACUGACUGAAGGCCAGAAGAUGAGUGUUUGUGUGGAGGAAGAGGAGGACAGAGCAGAGUCUCCAGGAUCCAUCUGUCCGUCUCUGAAGAGUGACUGGUCCAAAGAUUCUCCUCCAUUCUUCAGUAAUGAACCUGGACCCUCAGACACAAAAGUUGAGUCCAACAGACGGAGAGCAGAGUCUCCAGGAUCCAGCUGUCCGUCUGUGAAGAGUGACUGGUCCAAAGGUCAUCCUCCAUUCUUCAGUAAAGAACCUGGACCCUCAGACACAAAAGAGAGGAAGAGGAGUCCUGUUUCUGUGGAGGAGCAGCCGUCCUGCUGUGCUUUGUGUCAGGACGUCCUGAAGGAUCCGGUCUCUACCAGCUGUGGACACUGGUUCUGCAGACGGUGCAUCACCUCAUACUGGGACCAGUCUGCUUCAUCAGGAGACUCCUCCUGUCCCCAGUGUGGAGCAGAUAGUGGUCUGCAGGAGGUUUUAGAUGAACAUAAGAUCAGUCUGAGGAGGAGAUGUGAACGUGUGACUGAAGGAAGUGAUGAAACAGGAAGUGGAACCCUCCUCAACAGGAUCUACACUGAGCUCUACAUCACAGAGGGACAGAGUGAAGAGGUUAAUACCCAACAUGAGGUGAGGCAGCUUGAGACAGCUUCCAAGAUGGAGACCCUCCAUGACACUCCAAUCAAGUGCCACGACAUCUUUAAAGCCUUACCCGGCCAACGGGGACACAUCAGAGUCGUUCUGACGAACGGCGUCGCUGGCGUUGGAAAAACCUUCUCGGUGCAGAAGUUCACUCUGGACUGGGCAGAGGGCUUGGAAAACCAAGACGUCAGUCUGCUGAUUCUGCUUUCGUUCAGGGAGCUGAACUUGAUCAGAGAUGAGCGGUACAGUCUUCUCCAGCUGCUCCAUGUUUUCCAUCCAACAUUACAGAAGGUCACAGCAGAGAAGCUCGCUGUCUGUAAACUUCUGUUCAUCUUUGACGGCCUGGAUGAAAGCAGACUUUCACUGGAUUUCCACAACAAUGAGGUCGUGUCUGAUGUCACACAGGAGUCAUCAGUCAACGUGCUGCUGACAAACCUCAUCGAGGGGAAUCUGCUUCCCUCGGCUCUCGUCUGGAUCACUUCCCGACCUGCAGCAGCCAAUCAGAUCCCUCCUUCAUGUGUUGACAGGAUAACAGAAAUACGAGGCUUCACUGACGCCCAGAAGGAGGAGUACUUCAGGAGGAGAGUCAGUGAUGAAGAGCUGUCCAGCAGAAUCAUCUCGCACAUCAAGACAUCCAGGAGCCUCCACAUCAUGUGUCUAAUCCCAGUCUUCUGCUGGAUCACUGCUACAGUUCUGGAGCACAUGUUGACUACAGACCAGAGAGGAGAGCUGCCCAAGACCCUGACUGACCUGUACUCACACUUCCUGCUGGUUCAGACAAAGAGGAAGAAGCAGAAAUAUGAUGAGGGUCAUGAGACGAGUCCACAGGAGCUGAUGGAGGCUGACAGGAAGGUUCUUCCGAAGCUGGGGAGGCUGGCGUUUGAACAUCUGGAGGAAGGAAACAUCAUGUUCUACCAAGAAGACCUGGAGCAGUGUGGUCUGGAUGUCUCAGAGGCCUCGGUGUACUCAGGAGUUUGUACAGAGAUCUUCAAAAGAGAGAGUGUGAUCUUCCAGAAAACAGUCUACUGCUUUGUUCAUCUGAGCGUUCAGGAGUUUCUGGCUGCAGUCUACAUGUUCCACUGUCACACCAACAGGAACACAAAGGUACUGGAGGACUUCCUGGGUAAAGACUGGGAAUACAGGGGCUCAAACCGAAAGCCUUUUCCGGGGGAAAAACACCUGAAUCAACAUUCAUCCCUGGAUGUCUUCCUGAUGAGAGCCAUGGAGAAAUCUCUGCAGAGUAAAAAUGGCCACCUGGACCUGUUGGUCCGCUUCCUUCAUGGCCUCUCUCUGGAGUCCAACCAGAGACUCUUAGGAGGCCUGCUGGGUCGGACAGACAACAGUCCAGAAAUCAUCCAGAGAGCCAUCAACAACCUGAAGGAGAUGAACAGUGAUGAGAUCUCUCCUGACAGAAGCAUCAACAUCUUCCACUGUCUGACGGAGAUGAACGACCACUCAGUCCAUCAGGAGAUCCAAGAGUUCCUGAAGUCAGAGAACAGAUCAGAGAAGGAACUCUCUGAGAUCCACUGCUCAGCUCUGGCCUACAUGCUGCAGAUGUCAGAGGAGGUUCUGGAUGAGUUGGACCUGAAGAAGUACAACACAUCAGCGGAGGGACGACUGAGACUGAUUCCAGCUGUGAGGAACUGCAGAAAGGCUGUACUUUAUGACUGUCGACUCUCAGAGACUCACUGUGAAGUCGUGGCCUCAGCUCUGAAGUCCAACCCCUCCCAUCUGAGAGACCUGGACCUGAGUGACAACAACCUGCGGGAUUCAGAAGUGAAGCUGCUGUCUGCUGGACUGGAGAGUCCACACUGUAGACUGGAGACUCUGAGAUUGAGUCGCUGCAGUUUGUCAGAGAUCAGCUGUGCUUCUCUGGCCUCAGCUCUGAAGUCCAACCCCUCCCAUCUGAGAGAGCUGGACCUGAGUCUCAACAAGCUGCAGGAUUCAGGACUGAAGCUACUGUCUGAUUUUCUGAAGAGUCCAAACUGCAGACUGGAGACUCUGAGACUGUGGUUCUGCAGUUUAUCAGAGAUCAGCUGUGCUUCUCUGGCCUCAGCUCUGAAGUCCAACCCCUCCCAUCUGAGAGAGCUGGACCUGAGUCUCAACAAGCUGCAGGAUUCAGGAGUGAAGCUGCUGUGUGGUUUUCUGGAGAGUCCACACUGCAGACUGGAGACUCUGAGACACGCCAGGCUCCACCUCAUCUCAGCCACACCGUUCCUCCUCACCAGAAUACUAAUCACCUGCACCUGUGACUCAGCACACACCUGGUGGCAAUUAGCCACUCCUCUCCACUAUAAAUCUCCACUCUUCACCUCAGUCAGUGUCCGGUCUCGUUCGCUAGAAGGACAGAGCUACGCCUCCUACCUUCAGUUAACCACGGACUCUACUACGACGCUACUCCUUGUUCUCAGUCAUCCAGCGCUACGAACCUCCAACUCGACUCCAGUCUCCUAUGGGUAACAGUUCUCACCCGGCUCCGGAGUGUCUUCUGUCUCCAGUGUGUGUGGCUCCCGUUCCCGUCGCCUCGUGUGCAGCUAUCCAGCUCCUGCACUUCACUCCCGUCAGUGAUCCAAGGGACGGUAUCUUCUCUACUCUUAUAGACUCUCUAUUUAUCUCUGUAAUCAAUAAACCCUCGAAAUCUCCUUA